AUGGCCCACGAAGAAACCUUUGCUGCCCUUCAACAACAAGUACAAAAACUGCAACAACAACUGCAGGCCCAGCAGCAAGUGAUCCAGAACCAAGAGCAGCAGCUCCGGAAACAGCAGCAGCGCAAUGAAAAUGAAGCGCUCUCGUCCGACGACAGUGCGCCGCCCUACCUGGGCCAUGCCCCCCAAAACUUCGCUCCAGCAGUCCCUGCCAUCUCGGGCGCCUCCAUUGCUGCGGCCACCACCGACAAAGAUGUCUGUCGCGUCGCCGUCAAACUUCCACCGUUUCGGACAGAGGCGCCUGACGUGCAGUUCGCUCAAGUCGAGGCGCAGUUUUCCACGGCCAUCCUUCAGGUGCAGCCGAAUCUGCCGCUGAACCAGCUCUCUCACAUCGCCGAUCAAGUUGUCGAGAUUCCGUUGCCAGCAUCGCCUCUCACCGUCAACGUCGUUGACACUUGA